AUGGAGACAUAUCCACCGGAAGUAGUCGCAUUUUCAAAGAACAAAAGGAUUGGGAAAAAAACUUUGAAUGCGAGGCCUAGCCACCAAUAUUCUUCCAUCAGUGCAAAGAUCGCGGAUAUAAAAUUCUUGUUUCAGUUAUUUCGGUACGACACCAAGGUUCUCAAAACUAAGAGGUCUGAAAUUGAGAAACUUGAGAAGCAGCUGGCUCGUUCAGAAUCUCUCAUUGAGGAACACACUACAGCAUUGGCAAUGCUUGUUGAAAAACAGAGAGAUAUGAGCCAUACAAUUAAACAAUUCGAAAAGUGCCGAUUACAACAACGCGAAAGGAGAACUGAAGCUCCGAACGAGCAAACUGCUCUGGACCGAAUUGCAAAGGUGGAAGAAGUUACCGAUGAAUUCGCCAAACAGUUGAGGGAGAUGAACAGCCUGAUAGACAACUCUGUGUCAAACAAACGAAUGGUUUGA